GCAAGUCUUGCAAGAAACUGACGACAAAAUUUCUCUAUUUCUAAUUAAAUAGUAACAGUAGAAAAUUGCAGUUAACUCCAACUAAACUUCCUUUCUUUCAGUUUAGCAUUAAAUCCCCACAAUGCUAACUAAGAAAGCUAUACAAUUCCACGUCGAUGACAAAAAGCAUAUAGUUAAAAAAGAUGAUAUCAGUCCACAAACAACCCUUAACACCUACUUAAGACAACAUUCCCAUCUAACUGGCACUAAGCGAAUGUGUGGUGAAGGAGGAUGUGGAGUAUGCACAGUUGUCGUAGAUCAAAUAGUGGACGGAAAAAAACGCAUCUUCUCUAUAAACUCAUGUUUGGUUUCGAUUCUAUCAUGCGACAGCUGGAGGAUCCAUACAAUAGAAGGUCUUGGGGGCCCGCUUAAAGGCUACCACAAAAUUCAGAAGAUUCUGAGCGAGAAUUACGGCACCCAAUGCGGAUUUUGCUCGCCGGGAAUGGUGAUGAAUAUGUACGCCCUCGAGGAAUCCGGGAAGGCGACCGCUGAAAAUAUCGAGAAUUCCUUCGGAGGGAAUAUCUGCAGAUGCACCGGAUACAGGCCGAUUUUACACGCUUUCAGUCUACUCGCGACGAAUAAGGACGCUGUUGCUGAUAUAGAAGAUGUCCCCCCAUGCCAAAAUAAAAUCAACAAGGAGAACGUUGAAAAUUUUUUGGUAGAAUUUGAUGACUCACAAUGGAUUAGAGUAACCACAUUAAGUGAUUUAUUGAAGACUUUGCAAACUACUUUUAAUAGUUACAAGUUGAUUUUCGGUAAUACAGGAAGAGGAGUUUUUAGAAACGACCCUUCGCCAUCUGUCUACAUAGACAUCUUCGAAGUGGAGGAGCUCAAGACUUACGCUAUGAAAAAUGAAACACUCACAAUGGGAGGAAACGUAACUUUAACACAAUUAAUGGAAGUUUGCGAUGAGUUUUCUUCAACGCCAGGUUUUUCUUACCUCAAAACCGUAUGUUCGCAUAUAGACCUAGUGGCGACAGUUCAAGUAAGAAAUAUCGGCAGCAUCGCUGGUAAUCUGAUGUUAAAACAUCUACACCAGGAAUUCCAAUCGGACGUAUUUUUGUUAUUGGAAACAUUUAAUGCCGAUGUUGUAGUUGUGAGUAUGGACAACAGCGAGCAAGUCGUGUCCCCUCAGGAUUUCCUGAAGUUAGACAUGACCAAAAAAGUAAUCAAAAACAUCGUCCUCAAGGCAUUUGAUGACUCGUACAAAUUCGCUUCUUAUAAGAUUAUGCCAAGGACUCAAAACGCCCAUGCAAUGGUAAAUGCGGGAUUUCUGGUCCAGAUUCAAAACGGGAUCGUUCAAAAAGCUAGAAUCGUUUACGGCGGCAUAAAUCCGAGUUUUGUACACGCCUCUUCCACCGAAAAACUAUUAAAAGGAAAAGAGUUGUACAACAAUGCAAAUUUGCAAACAGCAUACAAUUCUUUAUACACCGAAAUCGUUCCCGUCGCUACUCCACCGGAACCAUCUCCUGAUUUUAGAAGAAACCUGGCCGUAUCGCUUUUUUAUAAGUUUAUUCUAAAAACUUGCCCAUCCGAUAAAAUUGGCAGCCGAUACAAAAGUGGCGGGUUGUGGUUAGAACGACCCCUGUCCAAAGGAUCCCAAGAAUACGGAACUAUCAAAAACGAAUGGCCACUCACAGAACCCAUACCGAAAUUGGAAUCUUUAGCGCAAACUUCCGGUCAAGCCAAAUACAUCAUGGAUACACCUCUAUUGCCCAACGAAGCUUUCGUUGCAUUCGUAACCGCUAAAGCUCAAGCUGGAUCAACAAUUACAGCCAUAGACGCGACUGCAGCUUUGAAACUGAAAGGAGUUCUCGCGUACUUCGAUAAGCGCGACAUUCCGGGCACCAAUACGUUUACUCCAAAAGACGUUGGAUUGUUUCCAGUACAAGAAGAACUAUUUUGCGACGGAACUGUGUUGUAUUACGACCAACCCGUUGGGAUCGUUGUGGCUAGCGAGGAAUUUCUAGCUAUGCGAGCAGCUAGAAUGGUUAAAAUUACUUACAAUCCUCCUACCAAAAAAGCUUAUUUCAACGUUAAAGAUGUAGUUAAAGACGACGUAAAAGCGAGAAUCAUCCACCAAUCGACAAUAUCGCCGAAAAGCAAAGGAAAGGAUGUUUACAAAACUAUAUCCGGUGAAUUUUACGUUGGUUGGCAGUACCAUUAUCACAUGGAAACGCAAUGUUGCAAAGUCGUCCCAAGAGAAGAUAGCAUCGAUAUAUAUCCAGCUUCGCAAUGGAUGGAUAUUAAUCAACUAGCUGCCGCUUCAGUACUAGGCAUUCCCGCCAAUAAGAUAAACGUAAAAGUGAAGCGCUUGGGUGGCGGAUUCGGCGGCAAAAUGUUCCGCAGCGGUUUGGUAUCUUCUGCAGCUGCUCUGGCAGCGCACAAGCUCCAAAUACCGGUGACGAUGUCGCUGUCGAUAGAAGAUAACAUGAACAUAAUCGGAAAACGGUUUCCUCUAUACAUGAAGUACCAAGUGGAUGUGAAUAAGCAAGGAAUUAUCCAGUAUUUGAACGCGAAUUUGUAUUCCGAUUUCGGUAUUGGUGGCAACGAACCGUUCAACGAUUUAGUAGUGGAUUCGUUUAAAAACAACUACGAUCCUAGCCGUUGGGAGUUCAGUACUUUUGUAGUGAAAACCGAUUCUCACGCUAAUUGCUACACCAGAAGCCCAGGUAGCCUCGAAGGCAUGGCUGCUAUAGAAAACAUUAUGGAGCACAUAGCUUGUGAAUUAAAUUUAGAUGCAUUUGAUGUCAAACUGGCCAACAACAGCUCAGCAGUUCCUCAGGUACCGAAAUAUUGGCAAGAUUUGAAAACCUGGGCGGACAUUGAAAAAAGGAAAGAUCAAGUCGCCAAGUUCAAUCAGGAAAAUCGAUGGAUGAAGCAAGGUUUAUCAGUAGUUCCUAUGAGAUGGACUUUGGGAGUAGCAGCCAAUUAUUCGGUACUUGUUUCGAUUUUCCACGGAGAUGGUAGCGUUGCAGUAUCGCAUGCUGGCAUCGAAAUGGGCCAAGGGAUAAAUACGAAGGUUGCUCAAGUUUGCGCGUACAAGUUUGGCAUCGGAUUAGACCAAGUUUCCAUAAAACCUAAUUAUUCCUUUGUAAACGCGAAUUCCUCGUUUACGGGCGGUAGUUUGACCAGCGAGGCUGUUUCCUAUGCUGUCAUCAGGGCUUGUGAUACACUUUUGAGCAGAAUGCAACCUGUUAAAGAAAAAAUGGAAAAUCCAACUUGGGUCGAGCUGGUUAGGAAAUGUUACGAUUCGAGUGUACAACUCACUGCGUCUGGAUUUUACUGGAAAGAUGCUCCUGGUAUACAACAAUAUCCAAUUUACGGCAUCUGUUCAACAACCGUUGAAGUUGAUAUUCUAACAGGAAAAUACCAAAUUUUGCAAGUAGAUUUAAUCGAAGAUUUGGGCGAAAGUAUGAGUCCUUUAGUGGACAUUGGGCAAAUUGAAGGAGCCUUUGUAAUGGGCAUUGGAUACUUCAUGACCGAAGAAAUUAUCUUCGAUAAUGCAGGUCAACUGUUAACGAACAGGACUUGGACCUACAAACCGCCAGGUGCUAAGGAUAUUCCAAUAAAUUUCAGAAUAAAGUUCGCUGAAAACAGUCAAAAUCCUGUGGGUGUUCUCAGGAGUAAAGCUGUUGCUGAACCUCCUUUAUGCUUAUCCGUUGCUGUCCCGUUAGCAGUAAGAAAUGCUAUUAAUUCGGCCAGGCUGGAGGCGGAUGGAACCAAAAUUACCUGGGUACCCUUCGAUGGGCCAACUACAGUAGAAAGGACGUUCCUUAAUUCAUUGAAUAAACACCAACAAUACACCUUAAAUUAAUCAAUUUGAUUAUAUUAAGAUAUGUUUGUAUUUAUAAUAUACUUAUAGAUUAG